CAUUAGUUUCUGCAGUGCAGAUAGUCGUUUAUGAAAAAGGAGCCUGAUAAUAAUAAUAAUAAUAAACUCAUAUUAACUUUGAAACAGGCAAACAUUGUGUACUGCAUGUCGCAAAGCGCGCGGGAGAAACGAUCUUAACAAAGUGUAUUGGGGGUAGGGAGGGGGCGCUUUUGAAAUAAUAUAGUCAGCCAUUUUUUAUGUAAGGCUUUUUUUCUGGAGGGGGGGUUGUUAAAAAAUAAAUAUAAGGGCGGCCAUCUUUGUUUCUCUGCCUCUGUGUAAAAUAUUCCAAACGCCCCCCACUUUGCCGAUUUGAAUAUUAAAUAAAUUUCAUAAUUGGCGAAAGGUCCGGGCUUUUUUCCCCUCUCUUUCGGGGCACAAGCGGCGGAAUGAUGUCCUCUCCGCUUCGGGAUUGUGAUGAAGAUGAGGGCAUGGCGGUUCACUCCGAGGGAGGAGAUUUCGAGGAUGAAGAAGACGAAGGAGCACCAGACGAAAACACAAGCGACAUAUACCCGCCGGCGGCGGCAGCAGAAACUGCAGCAGCGGCUCAAGAAGAUGAUGAUGAGUUGGUUGACAUCUUGGAAAAGAAAAUUGUGAAGAAGAAAAAAAGAGGGCCAAAGAAGAAGAAGGACAUUAAAGAUAUCAAGCCAACAAAGCCACGUAAACGCAAAAAAGUAGAGAGUGAAGAUGAGUUUGAAUCAGAGCAGGAUUUUGCGGAGAAGUCUGACAGCGCAGCAAGUGACUAUACAAACAGUGGGAAGAAACGAAGAAAGAAACAUAAAGAGAAAAAAGAAAAGAAAACCAAACGGAGGAAAAAGAAUGAAGAUGGGGAAGAUGAGGGCAAUAAAGUGGUAGAACAAAAGACAUCUGGCCAGCUGCUGCGGGACUGGGGACUUGAAGAUGUGGAUCACCUUUUCACAGAGGAUGAUUACCACACACUAACUAACUACAAAGCCUUCAGCCAGUUUAUGAGACCUCUGAUUGCUAAGAAGAACCCUAAAAUACCAAUGUCUAAGAUGAUGACUAUUCUCGGUGCCAAGUGGAGAGAGUUUAGUUCCAACAAUCCUUUCAAAGGGUCAGCCGCUGCUGUAGCUGCAGCGGCUGCUGCAGCAGCAGCUGCCGUGGCAGAGCAAGUCUCUGCAGCUGUCUCAUCAGUAACUGCUUCACCUGAGCAGCAGCCUCCUGUGGCUCCUAUACGGAAGGCCAAGACAAAAGAGGGUAAAGGUCCAGGUCACAAAAAACGCAGUAAAAGCCCUCGAAUCCCAGAGAAGAAAAAGCUGAAAGGAAAGAAAAUGGCUCCACUUAAGAUCAAGCUUUUGACUGGAAAACGAAAGAAGAGUAGCUCGAGUGAUGAGAUUGACUUUGAGGAAGAGUCUGAUUUAGACAACUCCAGUGUCCAUAGCUCAUCUGUCCGCUCUGACACUUCGGGCAGAGUGAAAAAAGGGAAGAGAGGUCGACCUGCCAAGAAGAAAAAGAAAAGUAGGCUUGAUGUUCGUCUUCAGUCAGCUGUUAUUGGAGAUGAUGAACCUGAUGGAUAUGAAACUGAUCACCAAGACUAUUGUGAAGUGUGCCAGCAGGGAGGUGAAAUAAUCCUUUGUGACACUUGUCCUCGCGCUUACCAUUUGGUAUGCCUUGAUCCAGAGUUGGAUAAAGCACCUGAGGGGAAGUGGAGCUGUCCACACUGUGAAAAGGAAGGUGUUCAGUGGGAAGCCAAGGAGGAUGAGGAUGAGGACUAUGAGGAAGAACUCGAGGAUGAGUGUGAGAAAGAAGAAGAAGAUGACCACAUGGAAUACUGCCGAAUAUGCAAAGAUGGUGGAGAGUUGUUGUGCUGUGAUUCUUGUCCUUCGUCUUACCAUAUUCACUGCCUCAACCCACCACUGCCUGAUAUCCCAAAUGGGGAGUGGCUUUGUCCACGGUGUACGUGUCCCACGGUGAAAGGAAGAGUACAGAAGAUUCUUCACUGGAAGUGGGGUGAUCCUCCAACCCCAACCCCUGUACCUCGACCUCUUGAUUCCAGUCCUGAUGAUCCCCCCCCAAAACCCCUAGAAGGUCGUUCGGAGAGGAUGUUUUUUGUGAAGUUUGCAGGGCAGUCUUAUUGGCAUUGCUCCUGGGUAUCAGAACUUCAGCUGGAGAUUUACCACUCAGUAAUGUUCCGAAACUACCAACGGAAGAAUGAUAUGGAUGAACCACCACCUUUUGAUUAUGGCUCUGGUGAUGAUGACAGGAAGAGUGAGAAGCGGAAAAACAAAGAUCCACAAUAUGCUAUCAUGGAAGCUCGCUUUUAUCGUUACGGAAUUAAGCCAGAAUGGCUUAUGAUUCAUCGGAUUAUAGGUCAUAGUGUGGAUAAGAAAGGUGGUUAUCACUAUUUGAUUAAGUGGAGGGAUCUCACCUAUGAUCAGUGCACUUGGGAGAAAGAUGAAAUGGAAAUUCCUGAAUAUGAAAAUCAGAAAGUUGCUUAUUGGGUGCACAGGGAGUUAAUGAUAAAAGAUGAUCCGGAUAUUCCAAAGAAAUUUAGGAGGCACAGAAAUGUUGAAGAGUCACCCCCCACUCCAAUAACUGAUCCAACAGUGAAGUAUGAAACACAGCCAGGUUUUGUUACAGAAACUGGUGGUACUCUUCACAUGUACCAGCUGGAAGGACUGAACUGGCUACGCUUUUCCUGGGCACAAGGUACAGACACUAUCCUUGCUGACGAGAUGGGGUUAGGCAAGACCAUCCAGACCAUUGUUUUUCUGUACUCUCUUUUUAAGGAGGGACAUACUAAAGGCCCAUUUUUGGUUAGUGCUCCUCUUUCAACUAUCAUCAACUGGGAACGUGAGUUUGAGAUGUGGGCCCCUGACUUUUAUGUAGUGACAUACACUGGAGACAAGGAUAGUCGGUCCAUCAUCCGCGAAUAUGAAUUUUCAUUUGAGGACAAUGCAAUGAAGGGGGGUAAAAAGGCAUUUAAGAUGAGAAGAGAAGCACAGAUUAAAUUCCAUGUCCUGCUUACCUCUUACGAACUUGUCACCAUUGACCAGGCUGCACUUGGCUCCAUUGACUGGGCAUGUUUAGUUGUAGAUGAAGCUCACAGGCUGAAAAACAACCAGUCUAAAUUUUUCAGGGUGUUAAAUGGAUAUAAGAUUGACCAUAAGCUACUGCUGACUGGUACUCCGCUCCAAAACAAUCUAGAGGAACUAUUUCAUUUACUAAAUUUUCUCACACCUGAGAGAUUCAAUAAUCUUGAAGGCUUCCUUGAAGAGUUUGCUGAUAUUUCUAAAGAGGAUCAGAUCAAGAAACUUCAUGAUCUGCUUGGACCUCACAUGCUGCGUAGACUUAAGGCUGAUGUUUUUAAAAACAUGCCUGCCAAGACAGAACUAAUUGUGCGUGUAGAACUCAGUCCAAUGCAAAAGAAAUACUACAAGUAUAUUUUAACUAGAAACUUUGAAGCACUGAACUCUAAGGGUGGUGGAAAUCAGGUGUCACUUCUCAACAUAAUGAUGGAUUUGAAGAAGUGCUGCAAUCAUCCAUAUCUGUUUCCUGUGGCUGCUAUGGAAUCUCCAAAAUUACCAAAUGGAGCAUAUGAAGGCACAGCACUGGUUAAAGCAUCAGGAAAGCUUAUGUUGCUACAGAAGAUGCUAAGAAAACUGAAAGAGCAGGGCCACAGAGUUUUGGUGUUCUCUCAGAUGACCAAAAUGCUUGACCUACUGGAGGACUUUUUAGAUUUUGAGGGAUAUAAAUAUGAAAGAAUUGAUGGGGGCAUCACUGGGGCUCUGAGGCAGGAAGCUAUUGAUCGAUUCAAUGCUCCUGGUGCACCACAGUUCUGCUUUCUGCUAUCAACCAGAGCUGGAGGUUUAGGAAUUAACCUUGCAACAGCUGACACAGUCAUUAUUUUUGACUCCGACUGGAAUCCACACAACGAUAUUCAGGCAUUUAGCCGCGCUCAUCGUAUAGGCCAGGCCAACAAAGUGAUGAUCUACAGGUUUGUGACACGAGCCUCAGUGGAAGAGCGGAUCACACAGGUGGCAAAGCGAAAGAUGAUGCUUACUCAUUUGGUGGUACGGCCUGGCUUGGGAUCUAAGACAGGUUCAAUGUCUAAACAGGAGCUAGAUGACAUUCUUAAGUUUGGCACUGAGGAACUCUUCAAAGAUGAGAAUGAGGGAGAAAAUAAAGAAGAGGACAGUAGUGUAAUUCAUUAUGACAAUGCAGCAAUUGAGAGACUACUGGACCGCAACCAGGAUGCAACAGAUGACUCUGAUAUGCAAAAUAUGAAUGAGUACCUGAGCUCUUUUAAAGUGGCGCGGUACGUGGUUCGUGAAGAAGAUAAGAUUGAAGAGAUUGAGAGAGAAAUUAUUAAACAGGAGGAGAAUGUUGAUCCAGAUUAUUGGGAAAAAUUAUUACGCCACCACUAUGAACAGCAGCAAGAGGACCUAGCCAGGAAUUUGGGCAAGGGCAAGCGAGUCCGCAAGCAAGUCAACUACAACAUUGCUGCACAGGAAGAUCAAGACUGGCAUGAUGAUGUUUCAGAUAACCAGUCCGAAUACUCGGUGGGGUCUGAAGAAGAAGAUGAAGACUUUGAUGAAAGACCGGAAGGCCGCAGGCAGUCCCGGCGCCAACUGAGAAAUGAGAAGGACAAACCCUUGCCCCCCUUGCUGGCAAGAGUUGGUGGCAACAUUGAGGUCCUAGGGUUCAACACAAGGCAACGAAAGGCUUUCCUGAAUGCUGUAAUGAGAUGGGGAAUGCCUUCUCAGGAAGCCUUCUCUUGCCAGUGGCUUGUGAGAGAUCUGCGUGGAAAAACCGAGAAAGAGUUCAAGGCUUAUGUAUCCUUGUUCAUGCGCCAUUUGUGUGAACCAGUGGCAGAUGGGUCAGAGACUUUUGCAGACGGGGUACCCCGGGAAGGUUUAUGCCGGCAGCCUGUCCUCACACGCAUUGGGGUCAUGUCACUGGUCAAGAAGAAGGUUCAAGAGUUUGAACAUGUAAAUGGGAAAUGGAGCAUUCCAGAGCUGAUGCCAGAGAUCAAUAUGGACUCAAAAAAAUCCUCUAGAGCCUCUUCACCCGCCAUUAAAACUGCAACCACUACACCAGACCCUAGCUGUUCUAACACACCUUGUACCUCAAAACCAGCUACUCCUGCCCCAAGCGACAGGAUAGAGAAGAAUGGAAAAGAUGGUGAAAAAGAGGAGUCUGAGAGUAAAGAAGAUAGAGAGUGGCCUAUUAUUAAGUGUUCAGAUGUUACAGAGCCCACAGAAGAGCAUGCCUCCUCAGCGUAUACUAGUGUCACACAAGAGGAGCAGACAGCCGUAACAGAAGGAACCAAAGAAACACUACUAAGUGAGCAACAGAAAUCUGAAGAAGUCAUGGACACUGAUAUAGGUGUUUCACUUCCACCAUUGAGACUAGAUUCUCCUCAGGCUUCUCCCUUUAAAGAAGAGGCACGUGAGUCUGAGAAGGUGGAGCAUAAAGCUGAAACUGCCACAAGUGAGACAGCAGAUCUGAAGGAGCAACAAUCCUCUUGCAUUAAGCAAGAAGAAGUCAAAUCUGAAAAAGAUAAUGGUAAAGAAGUAAAAAUGGUUACAGCUUCAAUAACAAAAGAAGAGGUUGGGAAAACCAGCAUGAAGAGAGAUGAAAGAACUGAACGGCCCAGGUUCAUGUUCAACAUUGCUGAUGGGGGCUUCACAGAACUUCACACAUUGUGGCAGAAUGAAGAGAGAGCAGCAAUUUCCUCUGGCAAAAUCAAUGAUAUCUGGCAUCGACGGCAUGACUACUGGUUGCUGGCAGGUAUUGUGCUUCAUGGCUAUGCCAGGUGGCAGGAUAUUCAGAAUGAUCCUCAAUUUGCAAUCAUCAAUGAGCCCUUCAAGACUGAGUCAAAUAAGGGAAACUUUCUGGAGAUGAAGAAUAAGUUCCUUGCCCGGAGGUUUAAGUUGUUGGAGCAGGCUUUGGUGAUUGAAGAACAGCUCCGGCGAGCUGCCUACCUCAACAUGACACAGGACCCAAACCAUCCAGCCAUGGCUCUCAAUGCCCGCUUUGCUGAAGUCGAGUGCCUAGCUGAGAGUCAUCAACAUCUUUCCAAAGAGUCACUAGCAGGAAAUAAACCUGCUAAUGCUGUGCUCCACAAGGUCUUGAACCAACUAGAGGAGCUUUUGAGCGAUAUGAAGGCAGAUGUGACACGCUUACCUGCAACCCUGUCCCGUAUUCCACCAAUUGCAGCUCGCCUGCAAAUGUCUGAACGCAGCAUACUUAGUCGUCUAGCCAACAAGGGCAAUGAAGCUCAAGCUCCUCCGCCUAUACCUCCGGGUCCUUAUGCCACACCGCCAAAUUUUGGAGCUUCUUUUAACACCACUUCCUCUGGAACACUGUCUGCAGGGAGUGGCAAUUACACACAAAUGCCUACAGGAUCCUUUGUGUCAGCACUCAAUGGUCCCAUGGUGGCAAUCAAGAAAGAGAAGGAAGGCGAUGGGAUUGAAAGAAGGGAAAUGAGAAGUGGAGAGAUCAUCUGCAUCGACGACUGAUACCCCAUCCUCUCUUUAUGCACACUGUGGCCUAGUCCUAUCCUGUCCUGUCUUGUUUCAUCCCCAUUCCAUUCCAUGCUUCCUAGCCCUUGCUCUGCCACUCUAAUCAUUGGAUACACCACAUCUAUUCCUAAUUCUGAUUCUUAUUCUUCACUUAGAAUUAAGGAGUUUUUGGCAGUGGGUUAUAAGAAGGUUGUGGGUGUUUUCUGGGGUUGGCAGUCUGUUCUUCUCAGCUAAACCUGAGAGUUCCAGUUGUGUCUUCUGGCAUUGUCCAAAUGUGUACAGUCCUAUUUAUCACAAACUCGGAGUGCUUGAGUUUGUAUGUAUUUCAGAAAUAGCUCAAUUCAGAGUAUUAUAUAAGUACCAUAAUAUUUUCCCUCCCUAACUUGCACUCCCUCGACCCUCAAAAGUGAAAGCAGGUCCAUGCAACUUAAAUCUACUUUUUAUGUAAUGUUACCAUGACCCUGCUUACUUGAGAACAUUAAAUAUUUAUGCAAGGUGACUGUUUUUGACUUAAAAGUAGCCCUUUUUUGGCAAGUAGCAAAAACGUAUAGUAUUGGCAACUGUUCACUAAAUGAUAAGGUGGUUAUAUGACCUAGUUUUUUAAUUUUGAAGACUAAGAAAGAGGCGCAUUAAGUAUUCAGUCAAGCUCCGUUAAAGAAGAAAAAAGGCAAGCCAUUGACAUAAAGCCAUAUUCAAUAACGCUGUUCUAUUGUGACACGGCACAGGAAGCAGCCGAGAGCCUUCAGCUGCACUGUACAGAAUGCACUAUAUAAUUUUGUAAAUAUGCUUUUAGGAUCAUUGUUGCACUGGUUAUGACAUGGUGAGUUAAAGCCGCUGCUGUCCCCAAGGUUUUCUAGUGGCAGAUGUCGUCCAGCUUAAGAGGUUGGGAGCUCAUUGAAAGGCCACAAGAUUCACCCUAGUGUGUUUUUUUUCUGUUUUUUAUUCAUUCAGUAUAUGGGGUGGGGGGGUUGGAUUAUUGAGUGUUUUUGCAGAUAUUUACAAAAAUGUUGGGAGGUUAAUAUUCUUCUGCAAAUAAUGCAAAACUUUAAUUGUACCACUAGUAUUUAUUUGAUACAAUAAACACUGAGAGGUUCUGCAGUUGAUAUCUUUUUCUAGAGGCAGUCUUGCUUGCCAUUUUCUGUUUUCAUUUUGCUUCUGAAGUCACUUGGAAAGAAGAAGGUACGAAACCAUUUCUUUUGUCCUGUCAAUUGAGUAAGUAUAUUUGUACUCCUGGCACUGGACAAAAUAGUGUACCAAAAAAAUAAAAUACGUUUUGAAUUUAUAAAGACACAAAAAAAUGUAACAAGCGUAAAUAAAGGGAAAUGAUCUUCUCUUUAUCUGUUUAAGUGUUCCACACCAAGUACAAGAAAAAUUCUUUGCACUGCUCUUUAGCAUUCCUCGUUUUGUCCUUUCCCAUUUCAUUGUGCCUUUUUGCCCAUAUCAGAUGUAUUUCUUGGGGCAGUGCUAGGUUUUACUAAAAUAGAACACAUCUUUAAAUGUUCUGUUGCAGUGUUCCACAUAGCAAUUUAACAAGCAAAAGUUUAUUAAGGAAUAGUCACCUUUACAAACUGAGAUCAAAAUGAUUUCAGUUGAAAUUGUCACAAAGUGAAUGAAUAAGACAAGUAAACUUUUCAGCCAGAAGCACUUUCAGUACUAUCAAGAUGAGAUUUCUGAAUAUACACAUGUAGUCAUUAUCAAAUACUUGAGGCAUAGCCAUUUACAAAGGGAUAACACAAUUGUUUGACCUUGACUUAAUGAGUAUCCUUUGUGCAAAGAAAGAUUUGCAUUUUAGUUACUGAAAAAUAUCAAUUUGAAUUGAAUGCUGUACAGUUUCUUGAUUUGUCUGUCUUUGUUAAUUCAUCCAAUUUGCCCACUAUAUUUUGAGUCUAGAUAUUCUUGAGGCUUAUUAAGUGGACGAUCAGCUUCUAAGGAGGAGAAUGUUAGAAACUGCAUUUUCAAACUUGUCUGCAGUAACAGUACACGUGUGAAAUCUGGCGCAUAGGCAGCAGGGGGAGUGGUGGGGUUUACAGUUUGUUCGCAUCUAAGCUUAAGCCAGGUGCAUCCUGUUGGUAUUGGUCACUGGCAUCCAGCCAGCCUCUGUUGUGCAGUGUUAUGCGAUUGCUAAGCAUUUAAGCCAAAUGUUAUGAACGAUCAUAUGUUCACUGUGCUUUAUAAAACUAUAUCAGGGAUAGAACCACCUGAGAUUCUUGUUUAAUAUAAAAAAGAAAAA